AUGGAGUCUUCCAACGACGCGCAGCACGUUGCUCGUGACCAACCCAGCAUGUUCCGACCUCCCGUUAACCGCGCAAUGCGCACCCUCGAUCGGGCAUUCUUCCGCACCACUAUACCCAUCUCCGCCGCCAAGAUCUUCAAGAACUCCGAGAUCUCGAAAGUGCGCCAGGAACUCACCAAGAGCAAGGAUCUGCUGGUCGUCCCUCGCGUGAGCGCUGUACGCGAUAUUAAAGAGGAGGAUGGGGUUCGAAAGGCGCUGUUGCUGAGGGAGGACUUGAAACAUGAUGACAAGUGGACUUGGUCGCCUACUAUCAGCGCACUCAUUGAACGAGGAGCCGCUACGCUCGUACCCUAUGAUCUGGUUUUGGAUUAUGACCAUUGGUCCUAUGCCGAUAUUAUUAAUGCCAUUCUCCCAGAGGAGGAGUUGCAUGAUGCCCCUCAAGGGUAUACCCAGGUGGGGCACGUUGCACACCUGAACCUUCGCGAUCAUUUCCUCCCAUAUAAAUAUCUCAUCGCGGAGAUUAUUAAAGACAAAAAUGCGUCAAUUCGCACUGUCAUUAACAAGACGGAAGAUGUUGGCUCGCACAGCCAAUUCCGCACAUUUCCUUUCGAGUUGCUGACCGGUGAUAACGACUUGAAUGUCAUCCAGCAUGAGCAGGGCUGUGAGUUCCGAUUUGACUAUGCCCGUGUGUACUGGAAUAGUCGCCUGGAAACAGAGCACCGUCGACUUGUUGAGAAGUUCCAACCAGGUCAGAUGGUCUGCGAUGUCAUGGCAGGUGUUGGACCAUUCGCCGUCCCAGCAGGCAAGAAGAAGAUUUUCGUGUGGGCCAAUGAUCUCAACCCACACGGACAUGAAGUCAUGGAGGAUGCCGUUGUACGGAACAAGGUUCAGGACUUUGUCACCCCUUUCAACUCGGACGGUCGUGAAUUUAUCAAAUCCUCCGCCAUCUCCCUGCUCGAGGCGAAGCCUGUCACCGUCACUAUCCAGCCCAAGAUUAAGCACCGCAGUGAACGGAAGAAGCUUGCUGAAGAAGGCAACGAGAAUGCUCCUAAGCCAGAAGUAUAUGAACGGCCGACCAUUUUCGAUCACUAUGUCAUGAACUUGCCUGCUACCGCGAUCGAAUUCCUCGAUGCGUUCCAGGGAGUUUAUGCUGGAAAGGAAUCACUCUUUGCGCCAAACACAUCCCAGCCUCUGCCUAUGGUUCAUGUUUACUGUUUCUCGGGUCACUCUGAGAAUGAAGUGGAUGACCACCUUGAUAUCUGCCAGCGGGUAUCGGAGCGCAUCGGAUACACGAUCACUCCAGAGGACCGGGUCGGAGGCAGUGGCAACCCAGCUAUUGAACUGGAUAUCUACAAUGUUCGCCUGGUCAGCCCUAAUAAGCAGAUGUUCUGCGCUAGUUUCCGUCUUCCAGGAGAGGUUGCUUUCCGGAAGGUGUAA